AUUUCCGGCUGUGGAUGGGCUGGAGCAGCCCCGCGACGGCGGCUCGCCGGGCCCAAUCUUAGUGGUGCGCGUCCGCCCGGGAGAAGGUGCGGGGCAAGCUCCUUGUGGGCUGCAGGUGGCUGGGAAGGGAUGGAGCCCGAGGCCGGCGACCACGGCCUGGCCUUCCACAGUCUCCACAGCGGCUCCGGCGAGAUGAAGCUGCGGAAGAGGAAGUCUACGCUGUACGUGAAUACGCAGGAGAAGCGCUCUCAGCGCGGCGGUCUUCUUGGAGAAAGCACUUACCUGGUCUUGUUUACCAUUGCUCUGCGAAUACUUAACUGCUUCCUAGUGCAGACGAGUUUCGUUCCUGAUGAAUACUGGCAGUCUCUUGAAGUUGCACAUCACAUGGUCUUCAGUUAUGGUUAUCUGACCUGGGAAUGGACAGAGAGACUGAGGGGCUACACCUACCCCCUCAUCUUUGCGAGCAUUUACAAGAUUCUGCACCUUUUGGGGAAAGACAGUGUUCAAUUGCUGAUCUGGAUUCCCAGACUGGGCCAAGCUCUUCUCUCUGCUGUAGCGGAUGUAAGACUGUACUCACUCAUGAAGCACGUGGGGAACCAGGAAGUGGCACGAUGGGUGUUUUUUUGCCAGCUGUGCUCCUGGUUCACGUGGUACUGCUGUACCCGAACCCUCACGAACACCACGGAGACUGCCCUCACUGCAAUUGCCCUCUUCUACUAUCCCCUGGAAGGCUCGAGGUCCAUGAACAGUGUCAAGUACUCACUCCUGGUGGCACUUGCUUGCAUAGUCCGCCCCACAGCGCUCAUCCCAUGGGUGCCAUUACUCUUCAGUCAUUUCCACCAAGAACAGAGAAAGCGCCAUCUGACCCUGUAUCGCUUUUUACCUGUAGGAAUUAUAACCUUCAGUUUGUCUCUGAUAAUUGAUCGCAUCUUUUUUGGCCAAUGGACGUUGGUCCAAUUUAAUUUCUUGAAAUUUAACGUGCUCCAGAAUUUGGGGACAUUUUAUGGCUCUCACCCAUGGCACUGGUACUUCAGUCAAGGGUUUCCAGUUGUCCUGGGAACACACUUACCCUUCUUCAUCCACGGCUGCUUCCUGGCCCCAAGGAGGCUGCACAUACUACUGCUGACCAUGCUUUGGACACUGCUGGUGUACAGCAUGCUGGGCCACAAAGAAUUCAGGUUUAUCUAUCCAGUUUUACCAUUUUGCAUGGUGUUCUGUGGAUACUCACUCGCCCACUUGAAGGCAUGGCGGAAGGUAGCUCUGAGCUUCCUGCUUUUGUCAAAUACGCUGCUGGCUCUCUAUACUGGCCUAGUUCACCAGAGAGGCACUCUGGAUGUCAUGAGUCACAUUCAGCAAGUCUGCCCCAGAGGUCCCGACCCAGCUUCAGUCUCCGUGUUCAUCAUGAUGCCUUGCCACUCCACUCCUUACUACAGCCACGUUCACUGCCCACUGUCCAUGCGGUUUCUCCAGUGUCCUCCAGACCUGACUGGAAAACCCCAGUAUCUUGAUGAAGCAGAUGCGUUCUACCUAAAUCCCUUAAGCUGGCUACAACAAGAGUUUCGAAGCAAUGCAUCUCUCCCCACUCACUUGGUCUCCUUCAGUGUUCUGGAGAAGGAGAUCCGUGCCUUCCUCACUUCGGGGAGCUAUGAGAGGACCGCUAUUGUCUUCCACACGCACUGGCCAGAGGGUCGGACUGGAAGUCACAUACAUGUCUAUGAACGACGGGUACCCGGCAGCGUCGCCACAGGAGGGAAUGAACUGUGAGGACAGCUGCAGAGACGCUGGCGUAACCAAGGGGAACUUCAAGUGAUUCGUGAAAUGAAGAGGAAGCCACUUGGGGGCGGCUGUACCAUCUACCGUACCGAGGCAUUCUGAAAAAACACUAGCACGACGCCAGAUUUGACAGAGACCUUUAGUUUUCCUCACGGUGCAGUUUAUUGUUCUUCCAGUGCUCAGGUGUGCAAGAGCGUUCACAAGAACAAGUCAGCAAGCUCUUCACAAGCCAAUGGGCUCUUGAUCCCACAGAGACAAAAGCGUGAGAGUAGAACACGUUAGAGGGGGUCCUUGUCUCAGCUCAUUCCUCAAGCCAUACUGCACACCAAGAUGGUGGCACUUCCUGCCCUGUGUCAGCUGAGCUCAGCUACUCAAACCAAGCCUUGGUUCAUGCACAGAAUAUUUCAUGCCUGGCUUCCUUAAUAAAACUACUUUUUUUUUCCCAGAGCAAAAAAAAAAAGUUUUUAACAAAACUAAGCUAUAGGAAAAUGCAAGUUAGUAAGCUGUGCUUUUGCAUAAUAUAAAGCCAUCAAACCAGUCUCUAGAAAUGAAAAGACAGUCAUCUUGGGGACUUCACCUUAACUUCAACACCAAACAAAGUAGAAAGCAUCCACUUCUCUAAAUUCCCUAAUAAAACCAUGAAUCAGUAUUUAUGAUCAAAAGGUAACUGCCCCAGUUCUAUCUCAAGGUUUGCUGUGUGUCUUCCAUUAGUGCGACUGUAUUUAUGCCAUUUACCUUCCCUUUUAGAAGGCUGUGGAUGCAGGUGCUUCUGCUCUUGUUUUCGGUGCCUGGAGUUUUCAAUAUUUACCAUACGUUGCUUUUUAUCAGGUCGACUGAAAGCAGUAAACACAUUUUUUAAUCUAUGUUAGAGUUCAGUUUUCUAAAAGUAAAAAUAACUUAAUGCUUUUCUCCAUUAAUCUACUAUCUGAGCACUGCAAAAAGAUUAAAUAAAAUAUAAUUCUAUUAUAAUACCAGGAAAGAGGGAAUUCACUACUUUUCAACAAUAAAGAAAAAACAGACAUAAAUACAACUGUACCGGCUGGAAGGGGAAACCAAAUAAGUAAUGAGGAACAGGAAUGUGACAAUAAAAUAAUGAGAUGUUCCUUUA